GGAAGGUUAGGCGGGCCCGGGCUUUUUUCGAAGCAACCAGGAGCUUCUUCGCCCCGGUAGCGCCUUUCUGCUGGUCGGAUACUCCUGAGUCUAAACCUGGAGGCUAAAGGAACGCGCCCUACGCGGUUUGCUUUUACUUUAUACUUUAAACACAGACUUUAGUAGAUGCAACCCUUCAAACGAUUGUGUUUGUCCACGUAUUCAUGGCACGUAUCAUUUCUGUAGCAUUAGAAGAAACCGAGUUUUUAUUUUAAGUUUUUAAACUUAAAAUAAACUUUAAGUUUUUAAAUUUAAAAUAAACAUAAACGUGUGUCAGAAGACCGAAGCAGGGUGGGUGAAAUGGCUAAUUUACUGCAGUAUUUCUCAACUUUGGUGACUUAAAGAUAGGGGGACUUCAACUCUCAGAAUUCCCAGCCACUCUGCUGCCUGGGAAUUCUGGGCUUUGAAAUUUGACCAUCUUAAACUUUUCUAAGGUUGAGCAAAACUGGUUUAUCAUUUUAAAUCUGUGACCGAGAAAGUGAAAACGUUUUACUUCCGGUGAGGAAUAUACUGUCGUCUUAUGAAGUUGACUUAAGCUUUUUUCUUCCAGAGGCACUUUCUCAUUGGUUUAGGAAAUUUACUUUGAACGAUUCGUGCACUUUAUGGGAACUUUAGAGAAUGGUCAUAUGGUAAGGAAAUUCUUGCUUACUUAGAACUUUUAUCCAUACAGCCCUUUGUCGUUUUGUGAAACGGCGGUUUAACUUUUCAAAAAAUGCAUUUGGGCGUUAGUAGCCGUUCUUGCCUCGCUCGGUUCCUUAAUCUGAUUAACAUACAACGUUUGUGAGAGUCGGCUGAUGCAGGAGUGAGCAAUCUUUUUGUAUCGGCAUGGCUUGCAAGAAGGAAGUGAUGCAAAAUUCGUGGGAUUUGGCACGCCCCUGGGCAUGAUUUUUCUUUGGAGAGAUAAUUCUGCUCAUCUUUGGCUAAAAUGAAGGCAAUACUUCAUAUAUCUGAUGUACUAAUAGUAUCACACUACAGCAAUUGAUGUAAUUAUCUAAACUUUCCAACAUGCACUGGAUCACUGUUUUAAGAACUGCUUCCUUUCGAACCCGGCACUUGCCUGUACAGUUUCACAUUCUACGUUUUUUGUCCAGUCAUCUUUCAAAUCAGGUUACUGAAGAUGCAGAAAAACAGCUAUCACACCAGCAGAAUGCUGGUGCCUCAAAAGGAAACCUGAUUCUCAAAGUUCCCAAGGGUACCAGGGAUUUUAGCCCAAAGCAAAUGGCUGUCCGUGAAAAAAUCUUCAGCACCAUAAUUAGUUGUUUCAAGAGUCAUGGAGCCGUAACAAUAGACACUCCCGUGUUUGAGCUAAAGGAACUCUUUCAAGAGAACUAUGGUGAAGAGGCAAAGUUGAUUUAUGAUCUGGAAGAUCAAGGAGGAGAGAUGCUGUCUCUUCGAUAUGACUUAACUGUGCCAUUUGCUCGUUUCUUAGCUAUGAACAAAAUUAAACGAUGUAAACGUUAUCACAUUGCAAAAGUCUAUAGGCGUGAUAGCCCAUCCAUAAAGAAAGGACGCUUCAGGGAGUUUAUCCAAUGUGAUUUUGACAUUGCUGGCCAAUACGAUCCUAUGAUUCCUGAUGCAGAGUGUUUGAAAGUCAUACAUGAGAUCUUAACUGCCAUGCAAGUUGGAGAUUUCCUUAUCAAAAUCAAUGACAGACGCAUUUUGCAAGGGAUCUUUACAAUAUGUGGUAUUCCAGAAAUCAAAUUUGAAAGGAUUUGCUCAACUCUUGACAAAUUGGAUAAGAUCUCAUGGGAGGAAGUGAAAAAUGAAAUGAUCCUAGAGGAUGGUAUUUCUCCUGAGUGUGUCAAUCGUAUUAGUGAUUAUGUUCAACUUCAUGGGGGAUCACAUCUCAUUGAGAAGCUUCUCAAGGAUCCAAAACUGGUACAGAACAGAUUGGCUAUGGAAGGACUGGAGGACAUGAAAUUGCUAUUUGAAUACCUUACUCUAUUCGGCAUCAUAGAUCAGGUCUCCUUACAUCUGAGUUUGGCUCGUGGUCUGGGUUAUUACACUGGAGUCAUCUAUGAGGCUGUUUUAUUGUGCCAAAAGCAUAGCCACCUAAAUGAGUCUCUUAGCUUAAGUGUGGCUGGAGGUGGACGCUAUGAUGAGCUUGUAGCAAAGUUUGAUUCAAAGGGACAUAAAGUACCUUGCGUUGGACUCAGCAUUGGCGUUGAAAGAAUCUUCUCUAUCAUAGAGCAGAAUAAUGAGAUGGCCAAGGAGAAGAUCCGUACAACAGAGACACAAGUAUUGGUGGCAACUCCCCAGAAAAAUUUCCUUGCAUUCAGAAUGAAAUUCAUAUCUGAAUUAUGGAAUGCUGGCAUCAAGGCAGAGAUGUUAUAUAAAAAAAAUCCCAGAUUACUGGAACAAUUGCAAUAUUGUGAAGAAACAGGAAUCCCACUGGCAAUCAUCAUUGGAGAACAAGAACUGAAUGAUGGAGUAGUGAAACUUCGGGAUGUUGUGACUAGGAAAGAGGUUAAUAUCCCUCAAGAGAAUUUUAUAGAGGAGAUCAAGAGAAGAUUGGAAAAAUACAAUACUUAAUUUCAUGUAAUCGACUUUUUAUACUGCUCCUAAGGCUGAUUUAUAUGCUUACACACUGCUCUUAUGGAAUACUGCAGGCUUGUAAAGCACCUGGAGUUGUUCAGUAUUUCUUUCUCUCUUUUUUUUGUAAUAAAAUAAUAUUUCACAUUUUAGUCACACAAACCAAGAUUUAGAGAACUGGA